UAACGCCUUGGGGAGGUUGAGAUUAGACACCUUCAAGACUGGGACAAUGUUAUGUUUGCAGCUGAAGUCAGUUAGCACUUGCAUAAUCGGAGGCUAAUAUACGGGUUGACUUGAAGAGGAAGUGAAUCUGGCGACACUACAAACGAAGAUUCACAGAAAAACUUGCGCACAUAUGGAGAAAAGGAUGGGCACCUUGACGGAUGAUAAGGACGGUAAGGUCUCCCCGGACCCGCUCCAUUCGCCUGUGCGUGACACAGAGACGUUGGAUGAGCAUCGAAUCCCUGACACAGAGACACCAUAUGGGAAAUGCCCUACACGCUGCACAGCAGAUAAGAAUUCCUACACAGUCAAAGGAUCGGAGAACAGCACAAUCAGAGACAGCACCGUAAUAGGAGUGUUAAACAAAACAGUAAUUACAAACGAGAAACAGCAGGAAGGAGUCACGUGUAACGUCACAGCAGAAGGUGCAAAGCCGAGAGUUAAGAUAUCAGUUCCAGCAGAAGAUGGUGGAACAGUGAUUCACGUUGAAUGUAUCAACGGAAAAUUGGAACAAUGGUUAUAUUCCCGAAAAGUCGAUACCGAAAACACAUUCGGAUCAAGAUGGACCUUUGGAAAUAUUCCCGACGGAUUCAUGGUAGUCAUUAUCAAUGAGGAAAAGAGUGAUGAAUUCUUUGACCUGAUUGAAAAGUUGGAGGAACGUUAUGGCUGUAAGGUGUACAAAGUUUACAAGAAAUGUCUCGUCAUAGAAUUUCGACAUGAAACGGAAGAAGGCAGAGACAGAAUGAUCAAAGAAGAAGAAACAGUGAGAAAAAUGUUUCAGACCUUUAUUGACGGCAUUAACCCAAAUGCUCCCUCCUGUACUUUGAAAGUGUCGACAGAUACCGACAAACCAGAUACCGAGUUAAAGCAUAUUGAGCAAGACGUGAGCGUGCCGUCGACAUCAAAAAGUGAAAAAGCUCAAGCACAGGGGAUGUUGCCACCAGAGUACAAAAAGGAAGAACGGUUUCAAUCUGUAUCAGAUGACGAAAGCGAACGCCAGCUUAAGGAAAAGAUGAAGUAUUCAGACGAAAGUGGGGAGCUUGCUGAAUUUCCCAUAAGCAUCGAACGAAAGAUAAAGGAAAAAAAACGAGAAAGACGUUGGGCGAGUGAACCUCACAUUCCAAGUCUGGGGGUAUCGCCAGCUAGAGCAGGACGUUGGGCGAGUGAACCUCACAUUCCAAGUCUGGGGGUAUCGCCAGCUAGAGCAGGACGUUGGGCGAGUGAACCUCAAAAGCUACAUGAAGAACUAUACCUAUCAGACCAUGUAGUAUCCGAGCCAGCCUAUUUUGACCUAUCAGACCAUGUAGUAUCCGAGCCAGCCUAUUUUGGCUUUCCAGGUAUAGCAUCGAGAUCCUUUCUGUCCGGAACCGUCAUGGGCCAAAGAUUUAGGGCGCUUGAACGUCAUAUUGCAUUGAGACCCUUUAUGUCCGACGAAGAAGAGACAAGUUCUUCAUUCAAAGAUCCAUCCAGAAGAUCCCAUUUUAGAGCAAGACCUUUGGCGAGUGAACGUCACACUUCAAGAUUGGUGCUAGCGCUAGCUAAACAAAGCAUUUGGGUGCCUGAACAUCCCACAAGAUCCAGAGGUAAGUAUGGAAUGACAAAGCGUAACAGGAUACAUGGAGACUGACUGACUAAGUAGGCAUUUAUUCCACCUUAGCAAUAUCCCAGAAGUAUCAAGGCGGGGGACAGCAGAAAUGAGCUUCAUGUAUAAUAUCCAUGUGGGGAAUUAACCUUCGACGUGACCAGCGAACGGUACAACCACUGGGCUACCCAACUGUUCCUUGACUAGAUACAUGAAGAGUCAGAUUGGACAACCAUGUUAUUGUAAUGGAACAUUCACUUCACUUCCAUUAAAUAUACUUUUACUAACAUAGUAUCAUGUACACGGUUUGUGUUUAAAGUAAUCUCAAUCUGGAAAUUCACAAUCAGUAGCCAUAUCACAGCACCAAAAGGGGUGGUUUCUGUCUGCCGGAUCUGGGGCGGAUAUCACCGGAUGCCAGGGUGCAUUUAGGUUAGGUAUCCAGAGGUAUCUGCGAAAAAUCUGACAGACGCAGACAUGGAGACUGACUGACUGAGUAGGGUACUACUCCGCUUAUAGCAUUAUCCCAAAAAUAUCCCUUUGGGUGGCAUCAGAAACGGGCAUGACAUAGUGUACUCACUUGGGGAAUUGAACCUUCCACGAAACUGGUGAACGCUAGAAGCGUCGGCUACCCAACCGCCCCUUGAAUAGAGAAAAGAAGACUCAGUUUAGACCAACCUUGUUAUUGUAAUCGAACAUGUACUUCACUCCCAUUAAUUAUGCUUUUACAAACAUAGAAUCAUGUGCACAGUGAGUGUUUUAAGCAGGGGCUUAAUCUUGAAAUUCACAUUAAGUAGCCACAUCACAGUACUCAAAGGGAUGGUGUCUGUCCGCCGCUUUCGUGGCAGAUAUCACCGGAUACCAGGAGGCAUUUCGGGCAAGUAUCAGGUGGUAUCUGUCAAGAAUACGACAGACGCAAACCACGACUUUUUGACAAUUAUGUUGAAGCAUAUUUUCGAAUGUUGCAAAUCUAAGAGUGAAAGACUAAUUGUUGUUGUUUUUUAAGACUUUAGUCGGCAAUAUUGCAGCUGUAUCACAGCGGCCAUAAAACAAAUAGGUCUGAAACAAAUAAACCAGUAACUUGCACUUCGAGCAACGCCCUAGGGUGUUGGGGAACAGUGAUACGCAAUCAACCGAAUCACCGAUCCUGACACAGGAAACAUGGAAACUGACUGUCUGACUGAGUAGGGUUUUGAUCCGCUUUAGCAA